GGUUCAUUGAAAAUUUUUACUCUUAUAAAAAAUGAAAAAAAAAUAAAAUCGACGGUUCUGAAUGCUGCAAUCUUAUGGACCUUUGAUUUCGAAAAUAGCCGAUUCUCGAAUAAGUAACGCUCGAAACCCUCUAAACCUUUCAGUUCUAAAACCCUAGUCACGGCAAAUUCUCUGGUGCUCUGGACUGUUCUCAUCCAUGGCGAUCAUGGCUUCUCGCCUUCAACGCGCCCUUUCGCUUGCAAGGGUCUUUUCCACUGCUUCAUCGGCCUUUUCGGCUCGCUCGUCUUCUCCUGCGUUAGCGAAACAAAUAGCGGGGUCUGCACUUUUUAAUCCGCCACUUGUGCUGCCAUUCCGUUUCCUGGGUUCUCGAUUCUUCAGUGAUUUAGACUACGGGUCGCUUGACGAAAGCAAUUCAUUCACUACCAUUACUCCUGAUGGAAAGAAACGCAGUACACUGUUCGAAGGAACUGAUUAUAAUCAUUGGAUGGUCACUAUGGAGUUUCCCGACCCCCAGCCUACUAAAGAAGAAAAGAUAGCUGCUUUUGAAAAAACCCUUGCUAAUAUCGUUGGCGGUUUGGAGGAGGCAAAAAAAAGAAUAUAUAUCGUGUGUACAACGGUUUACACAGGAUUUAAAUGUGAAAUGUCCGAGGAACUUGCACAAGUAAUGGAGAAACAACCUGGAGUUACGUGGGUGCUGCCAGAUUCUUAUGCUGAUCCCAAAACGAAAACAUACGGCGGAACUGGAGAUCGAUACAACAUGGGGGUGCUUACACCAGAUCCAAAUGCUCAUACCUACAAUAGGCCAAGUGGAAGGUAUAAUGAUAGACCAAUGAACCGAAGAAGGGAUUCACUGCCCUUGGAGCGUAAUAGAAAUGUCCCAGGUUAUAGCUCGCCACCAAGGCAGGAUUAUGGUAGAGGACAAGAUUACAGUCCUCCACCAAGGCAGGGUUAUGGGAGAGGACAAGAUUACAGUACUCCACCAAGAGGUCCAAUGCCAACUUCAGAUAGAGAACCAAUGGAGGGCCAGCAGGGUAAUGUGACGGGGACGCAGGGAAGAGAUCCGGUUCAAGGAAAUAACUGAUUCACAAGAUGAUUCAAGAAGGCAAGUUGUCGAAAUAGAUAUCACUAAGAAGAGAUUCGUCCAAGGAAACAACUGAUUCAUGACUUGAUUCAGGAGAUCCUUAGGGAGAAGUUAAGUUUUGGAAAACACAAUUUAAUAUCUAUACCAAUUGAAAUUGUGUGCAAGUCCAUGGAAGCUAUGGUUUGGGUAAAAAGGUGUAGGUGGUUACAUUGGAGUUAGUUUGCUGUCGUUGUGUUGGAAUAUAAUUUUCUAUUUCUGUUCAAUAGGAACAUUUUACACUAGAAUCGUGAGGUUCACUUCGGUGGUUCUCUUAAUGUUUUAGAGUGUAAAUUGAUACAGAACUAAUAAUCUAUUUCAAAUUUGUUCAA